GUUAGAAAUAAGAAGCCAUGGUUAGCGUUUGCCAAAAAGCACGUGGGCAGCUCCCCAAAUAUAUGGAGGAAGGCGCUCUGGUCAGAAGAGACUAAAAUUUAACUACUAGGGGAAAACCUUAUCUGCUCCAAACCCAACACACCCCAUCAGCACCAGAACCCCGUCCCCACAGUGAAGCAUGGUGGAGGCAGCAUCAUGCUGGGGGCUGUUUUCCAUCAGCAGGGACUGGGAAAGGACAUGCGGAGGAACGUCUGACGGGAAGUCGGAGCACCGCCUCAUUUCCUCCUCGUCAUGUCGCGCAGCCUGACGCUCGUCCUCCUUCUCCUUCUAUUCCCUCCAUCGUCGCCCCGAGCGGCGGCGCUGUGGCGCCGGGGAAACCGGGUGUCCUCCAUUAACGCCUGCCAGCAGACGGAGGAGGCGGACGGCGGUCUGACGGUUCGCUGCAGCGGACUCCGGCUGACUCAGAUACCUGCUGGCCUGUCCAAUCACACCACCCGGCUCUUCCUGAACAAUAACCGGAUCAGUUCUCUGCCGGCCUUCUGCUUCUCAGACCUGUUCCUGCUGGAUGAGCUCGACUUGUCCCACAACCAGCUCUCCUCUCUGGAACCCGGAUGUUUCUCCGGCCUGGCGCCGUCUCUCCGGUACUUGGACCUCUCAUCCAAUCGCCUGACAACGUUGGACCCAGCGGUUCUCGGUGGACUCCAGGUCCAGGCCAACCUGAGCCAGAACCCGUGGCACUGUAACUGCAGCAUGCAGAUCUCCGUGCCUCAGCUGGACGUGGAAAAGUCCUCUCUGGAGAAAGUCGUCUGUUUCUCUUCGGACCUUCCAAACCUCGGUGCUGUUGGACUGCCGCUGGUCUCGCUGAUGCAGGACUGGGAUCUGUGUCGGUCGGUGAGGAGAACCACGGACUUCCUGACCCUGACCACCAUGUUCCUCUGGUUCAUCAUGCUCAUCUUCUACCUGAUCUACUACAUUCGCCACAACGAGGUGUUCGCCCGACGACACCUGGAGUACCUGAGGUUCCUGGAGAGCCGGGACCCUUUCAGACCGCGAUGAGGAACUCCCUUAGGAUCAUUCAACUGUGACCCGUAGAAACCUUCACUACAAAGUAUCUUUAAUCCUGAUCCAAUUCACUCAUAAGGUUCUGAUUUAAGCCUCUAAUAGAACCCUGUUAUCAACUGCAAUAAUUACAGUUCUUGCUCCAUGGAUCCCUACUUAGUCCCACAGAACCGUGGAAAGACCUCUAAAACCUCAUUAAACUACUAUAUAACCUUCUAACAUCUCAUGGAGCGACUUCUUCAGUAAAAUGUAUCCAUGACUCCUGCGAAUAGUUCAGGGAGUCAGAAGCUUCCUCUGGUCCUCAGUCUCAAGGUUUAUUUCUAGGUGUUCUCUUAAACAUUUAAACUUCCCUUAUGAGCUCCGGGGUCCCAUAAAUGGACCGAAGAACCCCCAAAACAUGUUUAAGGAUGAACCAACCACAGAACGUCCAAAAAUGAUCCAAUGUUUCCGAAUGACCCCCAACCUGCAGAUCCACUUCACAGCCAAAGUGUGGAUCUUACCAAAGACUUCAAACCCAUUUAGGCGUCUGCAGAAGAACCGUGUGAAGCAGCGGAGUCAAACUCAUUUCUA